CAGUGUGGAGCUGGCCGGGCUUAGCAGACGGGGGAUGCCAGGCUGGAGAACGCUCGGCUAUCAUGCUGCAUUGGAAUGAGGAAGUGGAGUGGAAAGGGGUGGGACUGAGAGGAGUGCUUCAUCCUGGGGCGCCGCUCAGAGGAGCACAUGGAGCCACUGCUGGACGGGACUGGGAGAGCGGAGUGCAGCUGGGACACGGGAGAGCAGAUAAUCAGAGAAACAUGGAAACAGAUGAGGUGCAGGAUAUGACCCAGAUGUCAGGAAACCCCCCAAGUCCUACCUUGAGUGACAGCUUGGAUGACAAUGAUGAACCCAUGCCUAUGCCUGAAGAUCUCUCCACCAAUGCAGUGUCACAACAAAAUGCGAAGAAUGAGAAAUUAUUUGCUGAUAAUAUUAAAGUAGAGACUCAUAGUGAUGAGGAGAAUGGUCGUACUUGUGAAAUGAAUGGCGAAGAAUGUGCAGAAGAUUUACGAAUGAUUGAUGCAGCAGGGGAGAAAAUGAAUGGCACACUGAACGGACAAGGCACCAAAGCCUUGACAGGAGUUGGAGGUAUUCGACUUCCUAACGGAAAACUAAAAUGUGAUAUCUGUGGGAUAAUAUGCAUCGGCCCCAAUGUACUCAUGGUACACAAAAGAAGCCACACUGGGGAACGUCCUUUCCAGUGCAACCAAUGUGGUGCCUCCUUUACACAGAAAGGCAAUCUUCUGCGACACAUCAAAUUACACUCUGGUGAAAAGCCCUUUAAGUGUCACUUGUGUAACUAUGCAUGCAGGCGCAGAGAUGCACUUACGGGCCAUCUCAGGACACAUUCAGUAGGUAAACCACAUAAGUGUGGAUAUUGUGGCCGCAGUUACAAACAACGCAGCUCUUUGGAAGAACAUAAGGAGAGAUGUCAUAAUUACCUGCAAAGUAUGGGUCUACAAAAUAACCUUUACACUGUAGUAAAAGAAGAGACAAACCAGGCUGAAAUGGCUGAAGAUCUUUCCAAGCUUGGCUCUGAGAGGUCUCUUGUACUGGACAGAAUUGCAAGUAACGUUGCCAAACGUAAGAGCUGUAUGCCUCAGAAAUUUGUUGGGGAGAAGCGGUUGACAGAUCUCCCAUUUGAUGGCAGUUCUAAUUAUGAGAAGGAGAGUGACAUGAUGCAGACACAUGUCAUGGAUCAGGCAAUCAACAAUGCUAUUACAUAUCUGGGAGCAGAAUCUUUGCGUACUCUGGUGCAGACCCCACCGGGUGGUCCAGAAGUUGUUCCAGCCAUAAACACAAUGUAUGCCCUACACAAGCCCCACUCUGACAUUGCCUCUCAUCCCAACCAAGCAGCCCAUGAAAGUGCAGUGGAAAAUUUACUGCUGCUUUCCCAGGUUAAAUCCAUCUCUUCUGAAAAGGAAGUAUCACCAAGCAAUAGUUGCCAAGACUCCACAGACACUGAAAGCAACAAUGAGGAAAGGGGAGGCCUUAUUUAUCUCACCAAUCACAUGACCCCUCAUCCCAGAAAUGGGCUGUCUCUAAAAGAAAACAAGCCAUUUGAUAUGUUUAGGGCUGCCAGUGACAAUUCACAAGAUGCUUUUAAAGUGAUCAGUAGCAACGGAGAGCCACUAAAAAUUCACAAAUGUGAGCACUGCCGAGUUCUUUUCUUGGAUCAUGUGAUGUACACUAUCCACAUGGGUUGUCAUGGCUUCCGUGACCCAUUUGAAUGCAACAUGUGUGGUUAUCAGAGCCAGGACAGGUAUGAAUUUUCAUCACAUAUAACCCGAGGAGAGCAUCGUUUUAACAUGGGUUGAGACGUUCCUUGCUCUUUCAGUGGCCAGUAAUGUUUAUGCACAGAUUCCACCAGAACUGUAUGGAAGAAAAAAUAAAGCAUAACAUAUAAGAACAACAGAAGGGCAUACAGAUGUUAUUCUACGCCCAUCCACAGGAAUAAAAGGGGACAUAGUAGCUACAAGAGCCAGUAAUGUAACUACUUUUUUUUCCAACAGAGGAUGCAUGUUUUUUUUUUAUAUAUACAAUUUUUACUGUAACACAGUGAUGCCACAUUUUAGAGCAUCCAUGUUUUUGGAAAUCUUUUAAAGGACAUUUGUACUAAGCAAACUAGAGAAUUUUGUCAUAGUUUAUGUUCGUUUAUGCCAAAGUGAAUACAUCGAAUAUGUUACAGGAAGUCUAUGGACAAUUGGAAACCACCAAUGUUGUUAACCUCUCAUUUUAUUUUAGCCAUAUGACAUAGACAGGUAUCGUAAAAAGUAUGGACAGAACAAAAAUAGUAUUUCUACUUUUAGAAUGCUUUAUUGGCUUGUACACUCAUUCCUAUUGCUUUUACCAAAUGAAUCAUGUUUAGUUUGUAUAUCUUACCUAAUAAUACAUAGAGUCUGACGAAUUUGUUUAGCUUAAUGGUGCCAGUAGACAACUCAAUUAUGCUCUUUUUGAAGUAUUCUUUUAUAUCCACAGCAUGGGGAGGUCUCCAAAGGCAUAUAUAUAUAUAAUAUAUAUAUAUAUUAUUUUUUUUUAUUAUUAUUAUUAUUUAUUUCUGUUUGACUAUAUAACCAUAUGCCCAAAUGAGCACAGAAGGAGGCAAGAACAUAAGGGCAGUAGGCCUCAUAAUGAAAAAAGUUGCAAGUUUGAUGCCAGUUGUUAAUUAUUGGGUAGCAAAGUUAUGAAAUUAGAAGUGUUCCUGUGGUUAAAAUGGAGACCAUAGCCAUUUCCCCCUAGUUCAAAUACAUGAAACCCAAUGUAUUUUUAUUAGAGCUUGUACAAGUUAAUAGAGCAGCUGUCAUCCUAAGAUGGUACAACCUUUAAAGUGAAAUUUUCACCUUAUCAGAGAUAAGCUUCAGCCAAAAUAAAGGCCCUGAAAUGCAUACAAGGGCACAUCCUACUGUCACAAUGUUUUGGUUUCUAUCUAGCUGGUGACACCCGACUGCUUACAAAGGUCUUGUUGAUAGAAGUUUCUUGUUAAAGGGUUAGUUCACCUUUACAAAAAAAAGCUGCCUAGGCAGAUACGGUGUUUGAUAAAAAAAAAAAAAAAAUUUGUGCAGCUCUGACUAAAGUUGAAUAACUGCAGUUUUUUGUAAAAUUUAACUAACCCAUUAAACAUUAUGGGCCAGAUUCACAAAAGGGAUACGACGGCGUAUCUGCUGAUACGCCGUCGUAUCCCUGUUUCU